AUGGAGGUCAGGGCGCAGUCCCCAGGGUCUUCUCCUUUUCCGAGAAGCAAAGAGGUAGAAAUAGAUCCAAUCGCGAACUUACCCCUUAUGGAAAAUUCCGUUGAGAUAAAAAAGAAGGACGUGAUUUUUGAAACAAAAAAGAACUUGAUUAAAAGGCCCACGCGCGUUGUGCGCAUUUCGCAGGACCACGUGUCCCCGCAGGAUGGAGGCCUGGUCAGGCUGUGUUUCCUGUGCAGCGGCAAAAACCAGUGCAGCAUGUGCAGCUGCAAGAGACAGGAGAGCUUCGAGUGCGGGGAAAGCAAAGAGAUCGAGUACGUGACCGCACAGAAAGCCUUCUCGCCCGAGGAGUUUGCAUCCGAGAAAAAGCGGUUUGCAAAAAACUCUUUUGCUCUCUGCAAGAGGUGCUCUUUUCUGAAAGAGUGGCCGCUAAUUACCUGGGAGAACGACACAAUAGUGACAAAGUUUUUAUCUGUUAAUACUGCUCUGCUCUUCUACCAGGCGCACAAGAGCACGCUCUCUCUUUCAUGGGGGUACGAGCCCCAGCCCGCCCUCUACCGCAUAGAGGAGGAGAACAUUCGGCUGAAAAUACUUGAAAAGGUUUUUUCGCCAAGCAGGACAAAAGACUUGGAGUUCUACUGCGGCAUCGAGGAGCCUGCGAAAAAAGAGGUUAAGCCUGCGCUGGUGUCUAUACUGGAGACAGAGAAGUCCAGAGACUUUAUAUGCAUGGCAAGCGGGCGCGUGUCAAACAUCGCCCUCCAGGCAAAAAUCAGAGAGCUGUCGCAGAACGAUCUUCUUCUGACCAUUUCAAAGCUCUCUCCACAGGUGUUUUUUUAUUUGGCAAAGCACAAGUACGGAACAUACGUCAUCCAGCUGAUAAUUGGCAUGAUCAAGGACGAUUUGCUGAUAGAAGAGAUUAAGCGGCACAUCUCACCGUACUCCACGGCGCUGCUGCAGCACGAGAUAGGAAACUAUGUUGUGCAAAGGAUAAUAGACUUUGACAAAAAGUUUGUGUACAGCUGCUUCAUGAAAGACUUCGAGCGCAUUGUGAGCACGAAGAUAGGAUCGCGCGCCUUCAAAAGCUGCAUAAAGCACUUCUGUGCAUACAAAAAAGAGAUCAUCGCAGUGCUUUCCUCCGACUUUCAGACUGCCAUUCCAUUCGAGGAGCAGAAGGUCCUUAAAGCUGCCCUGAAAGAGCUCCUGUCUGUCUCUGACAGAGCUGUGUAA